UACGUAGUACAAACUUUUCAAGCAACACAUUGCUAAGGAGGAAAAAAAAAAACAUUUAUGCAUCAAUCAUUAUCUGGCUGAGAAUUUGCCAUGAUAUUAUGCUACCUUAUAUUCUAAAGUUCAAUUAUGGCCGUAAAUUCAAUAAUUAACAACCCAAUAAACUAUUAUAGUCCAUAAACAUGUAGUAUACUCAAGUAGUAAAGACAAUAUAUUGCAAGGAGAUGUGCAUUGAACCAAACUAAAACUUACAAGCCUAGAAAAUUUAAGUGCAACAAUAUCUCCAUUAAUGGCGCUUUACUCUUCCCUCCACUUUUCAACUAACUUGAUCAAUACUCCCGCCAAAUUGCCAACAUUCAACCAUCUUAUCUUGCGCCCCUCUUCUCUUAUCCUGCGCCCUCGCCGCCAUCGAACUGAGUCUCUCUCCUCAAUUCUCACACUCCGAGCAAAUCCGCCUCGGAAAUACGUGUAUCCUGACCCAAUUCCAGAAUUUGCUGAAGCUGAAACCCGGAAGUUCAAGAUUGAAUUAAAGAAGACAUUGUUGAAAGAUGAAGAAGCAUUUGGGGAUGAACUCGACAGGGUUGUGGAUGAAUGCGCCAAGAUACUGCAUGAAUUUUUGAACAAAGAAUAUGGAGGGCCAGGAACAUUAUUGGUGGAGCCUUUCACAGACAUGCUAAUUGCUCUUAAGGACAAAAAUUUGCCUGCUGCUCCGUUGGCUACUCGAGCUUCUUUGCUAUGGGCUCAAAACUACAUUGAUCGCGACUGGCAAGCCUGGAACUCAUCAGCUUCCAACAGUCAAGUAAACCAUCAUUUCUAAUAUUUUGUAACUUUAUUUU